GGUGAACGCGCAGGAGAGCGCGUGGGAGGCGGAGAGACAGAGACAGACAGAGAGAGAGAGCGAGAGAGAGAGCGAGGGAGAGAGAGAGGGAGGAGGAGGAGCGCACUUGUCUCUACCUGCGUGAACGUCCUAAAAGCUGCUGUCGAACUCCGGCAGUGACGACACUCUCUCUUAGUUUGAGGACCUUGUUUACAAACAACACAGUGUUUUUAAAUCUACGAACACGAGUGGACAGAGACAGUCAUGGCCAAAGGAGGAGAUUUAAAACGCAGCUAAUCCUCCACGAGACAAGACAAGUGAGGAAGGAGAGGAAAGAAAGAGGAACAGGAUGGGGAUGGACUUAAGCACUCUGCGGACCCUCAUCAGCAGAUAUUGUGUCGGUGAGGAGAACUGGGUGGACAGCAGGACCAUUUACAUCGGACACAAGGAGCCUCCUCCUGGUACUGAAGCCUUCAUACAACAAAGAUUCCCAGACAACAGAAUUGUUUCUUCCAAGUACACAUUUUGGAACUUCAUCCCUAAGAACAUGUUCGAACAGUUCAGGAGAGUUGCCAACUUCUACUUUCUCAUCAUAUUUCUGGUCCAGUUGAUCAUCGACACACCCACCAGUCCAAUCACUAGUGGACUGCCGCUCAUCUUUGUCAUCACAGUCACUGCCAUUAAACAGGGUUAUGAGGACUGGUUGAGACACAAAGCAGACAAUGCUGUCAACCAGUGUCCUGUGCAGGUGGUGGAGCAUGGGAAAGUGAUAUGCAAACAAAGUCACAAGCUCAGGGUUGGAGAUGUUGUCCUGGUGAAAGAGGAUGAAUCUUUUCCAUGUGACCUCAUACUUCUGUCCUCAUCACGAGAUGACGGCACCUGCUACGUCACAACAGCCAGUCUGGAUGGAGAGAGCAGCCACAAGACAUACUAUGCAGUUCAGGACACCAAAGCGUACACCACAGAAAAAGAGGUCGACUCGAUCCAUGGCACUAUUGAAUGUGAACAACCACAGCCGGACCUGUACAAAUUUGUAGGACGUAUCAACAUCUACAUGGACAAUGAGCCAGUGGCCAGGCCACUGGGAUCAGAGAACCUGCUGCUGCGAGGAGCCACACUCAAGAACACAGAAUACAUCUAUGCUGCUGUCAUCUACACUGGCAUGGAAACCAAGAUGGCUCUCAACUACCAGUCCAAGUCCCAGAAACGCUCUGCGGUGGAAAAGUCGAUGAAUGCAUAUCUGGUGGUCUACCUGUGCAUUCUUAUUAGCAAGGCCCUCAUCAACACCUUGCUUAAGUAUGUGUGGCAGGCCGAUCCUAACAGAGAUGAGCCAUGGUACAACCAGAGGACAGAAGCAGAGAGACAAAGACAUAUUGUGAUCAGGGCAUUCACAGACUUCUUGGCCUUCAUGGUCCUCUUCAACUACAUCAUUCCCGUCUCCAUGUACGUCACUGUAGAGAUGCAGAAGUUCCUGGGCUCCUACUUCAUCAUGUGGGACGAUGAGAUGAUGGAUGAGGAGCUGGGGGAGCGAGCCAUGGUCAAUACAUCCGACCUGAACGAGGAGCUGGGUCAGGUGGAGUAUGUGUUCACAGACAAGACGGGGACACUGACAGAGAACAACAUGGAGUUCAUUGAGUGCUGUGUGGACGGACAUGUUUAUGUGCCUAAUGUCAUCUGUAAUGGACAGGUGAUGCCUGGUGCUGCAGGUAUGGACAUGAUUGACACAUCGCCAGGCCCUGAAGCCAAAGAGCGAGAGGAACUGUUUUUCCGGGCACUGUGUCUGUGUCACACUGUUCAGGUAAAGGAGGAGGAGACGGUGGACGGGAUCAAACAUGGCAUCCACCAGGGCAAGUCCUCGUCCCUCUACAUCUCCUCGUCUCCUGACGAGGUGGCGCUGGUGGAGGGAAUGAAGAGGCUCGGCUUCACAUACCUAAGACUCAAGGACAGUCACAUGGAGAUCUUAAACAGGGAGGAUGAGAUUGAGAAGUUUGAGCUGCUGGAGGUUUUGACGUUCGACUCUGUCAGACGGAGGAUGAGUGUCAUUGUCAGAUCUGGCUCUGGUGAGUUCUAUCUGUUUUGCAAAGGUGCAGACUCCUCCAUCUUCCCCAGGUGCGUCGCAGGAAAGGUGGAUCAGGUUCGAUCUCGUGUGGAGCACAACGCAGUGGAGGGUCUGAGAACUCUUUGUGUGGCCUAUAAGCCUCUGAUCCCUGAACAGUAUCAAGAGCUCUGCCAUUUGCUCAAUGGCGCCAAAUUGGCACUGCAGGACCGCGACAAACGCCUGGCUGAGGCGUAUGACCUCAUAGAGAAAGACCUGAUACUUUUGGGAGCCACCGCAGUGGAGGACAGGCUCCAGGAAAAAGCAGCGGACACCAUUGAGUCUCUCCACAAAGCUGGUAUGAAGGUUUGGGUGUUGACCGGAGACAAGAUGGAAACAGCGUCAGCAACCUGCUAUGCCAGCAAGCUCUUCCACCGCAACACCCAGAUCCUGGAGCUGACCACCAAACGUACCGAGGAGCAGAGCCUUCAUGAUGUCCUCUUUGACCUGAGCAGGACCAUCCUCAGGCAGCAUGGAGGCAUGACCAGGGACUCUUUCUCUGGUUUAUCAGGUGACUGCACUGACUAUGGCUUGAUCAUUGACGGAGCCACGCUCUCUGCUGUGUUGCGGCCCAGCCAGGAGGACUCAAACUCAGGGAACUACAAAGAGAUCUUCUUAGAAAUCUGCCGCAACUGCAGUGCUGUUCUCUGCUGUCGAAUGGCCCCACUCCAGAAAGCACAGAUUGUGAAGCUGAUCAAAGCCUCCAAGGAGAACCCCAUCACACUGGCGAUUGGGGAUGGAGCUAAUGAUGUCAGCAUGAUCCUGGAGGCGCAUGUUGGUAUUGGUAUUAUGGGUAAAGAGGGUCGUCAAGCCACGCGCAACAGUGACUAUGCCAUCCCAAAGUUCAAACACCUCAAGAAGUUGCUGCUUGUUCAUGGACACUAUUACUACAUACGCAUCUCUGAGCUUGUGCAAUACUUCUUCUACAAGAAUGUCUGUUUCAUCUUCCCUCAGUUCCUCUACCAGUUCUUCUGCGGCUUCUCACAACAGCCUCUGUAUGACACAGCCUACUUGACUCUGUACAACAUCAGCUUCACGUCGCUGCCCAUUCUGCUCUACAGUCUCAUGGAGCAGCACAUUAACAUGGAAAUCCUGAAGAAGGACCCAUCUCUGUACCGAGAUAUUGCAAAGAACUCUUUGCUGCGCUGGCCCAUCUUCAUUUACUGGACCAUCCUCGGUGUUUAUGAUGCCAUUGUGUUGUUUUUUGGUGCUUAUUUUCUGUUUGACAACACCACCUUCACCAGCAAUGGACAGCUAAUGACAACCAACACACAGAUGAUGUUUGGAAACUGGACCUUUGGGACACUGGUCUUCACUGUUUUAGUCUUCACGGUUACAUUUAAGUUGGCUCUAGAUACUCACUACUGGACUUGGAUCAACCAUUUUGUCAUCUGGGGCUCUUUGAUUUUCUUUGUGGUCUUCUCUUUGCUGUGGGGAGGAAUAAUCUGGCCUUUCCUCAACUAUCAGAGGAUGUAUUAUGUUUUCAUGCAGAUGUUGUCCAGUGGUCCGGCCUGGCUGAGUAUAAUUCUGCUGAUAACAGCCAGUUUGCUGCCAGAUGUGGUGAAGAAGGUGAUCUGGAGGGCACUGUGGCCAACCACCACUGAACGCAUACAGAAUGCUGACAGACUUUAUAAGGGCCACCUGUCUGAGUUCACCCCCCUGUCGUCUCUCCUUACUCCAUCCAAGGCUGGUGGCCACCAGCGAGGAAACCAAAGGAUCGCCCAAAACCCUAGAAGGUCUGAACCUAUAAAAAAGAAACUCAUGUUCACACGCUGGCAAAGAACACAGGACUACUACACCUUCACCCCUCUCCUCCAAUUCGCUGAUGGCUCCAGGGAGGGCCAAAGCUAUAAUCGGAUGGGGCCUGAAACUUCAGUCUAGUUUAUAGUUAUUCUUUAUCAAUGAUAUCAGAUACAUUGAUAUUCAUUUGGAACUGAAUUGAACAAAUUAGUAAUAUAAGAAAAUUGGUCCAGAGGUGGACCAGAUUGCUAGAAGAGCAUUGAUGCAAUAUCAUCAAAAAAGUACCUGAUCAGUGACUGUAGAAUUACCUUUUAAAACAUCUCACACGUCAGCAGCCAAGUGUGGGAACAUUUUGGAAACACUCACCCACUGGACCACAGCAAAAUAAAGGCUCAGUCUACUGAUGUCACAGCAACAAGCAACUCAAGAGCUUCAGACUGAAAAUAUGUGCACUAGCCCUUUACAUAAUUAUUUCUGCCUCUUAUAGCUGGCAGUGGAGUGUACUUUUCUCUCAUUUAGUAAGAUUCAUAUGACCUACAGUAUAUAUAUACAAAAAUAGUAUUGAAAUGAUAUGAUAUGUAUUGUGAGUGGUAUGAUGAUGAUGAUGAUGAUGAUAAUGAUGACAGUAUCUUUCUCAGCACACUUUUUUUUUCUAACCAUUUUCUUUUCUUCAACUCCUGCCCUCCCUCUGUCUUCCUGUCCUUUCCACCUUGUGUGAUUGUUCUCUUUCUAGGACUAACUGGUGUUGCCUGUGUGCAAACUUAUUAUUCAGAAAUACUCCAUAGGACUCUGGAGUGAGAUCUUACAGCGAUGUAAGGAGGGGCUGCAGUAGACUAGCGAACUAGACAAGUGAAAUGUUAUAGUGCGUUCCAUUUGUACUCAGAACUCGGAGCAAAGGUGGCUUCUGUCAUAUUUCUUUCACAGUGACUCGGUCACACACAUAGUACUAGGGCUGGGUGAUAUGGGAAAUUUUUUUAUCAUGAUAUACUUUAUUGUAUAAUUCGAUAUCUAUACAUAUAAAUAUAUAUAUAUAUAUAUAUAUAUAUAUAUAUAUAUAUAUA